CAAAGCCCUAAGCUGACCAGCCAAAGCAUGGUUUUAGCUGAUGCCCUGCCCAAGUCCCUGAUGACAAGAAACCAGUCUCCCUGGGUGGUGUACUUCUAACAGUUCUGCUGAGGAAGGAUGGGCAGCCUGCCCAGCCGAAGGAAAACCCUGCCAAGCCCAAGUUCCAGCCCUCCUGUCCCAGGCCAAGGACCUGAGCCCAUGCAAGCAGAGAAGAGCAAGGCCACAGCUGUGGCUCUGGGCAGUUUCCCGGCAGGCGGCCAGACUGAGCCGUCUCUGAGACUAGGAGAGCCAUUGACCAUCCUGUCUGAGGAUGGAGACUGGUGGACAGUGCUGUCAGAAGUCUCAGGGAGAGAGUACAGUGUCCCCAGCAUGCACGUGGCCAAGGUCUCCCACAGGUGGCUGUAUGAGGGCCUGAGCCGGGAGAAGGCGGAGGAACUGCUGUUGUUGCCUGGGAACCCUGGAGGGGCCUUCCUCAUCCGGGAGAGUCAGAGCAGGAGAGGCUGUUAUUCCCUGUCUGUCCGACUCAGUCGCCCUGCAUCUUGGGACCGGAUCAGACACUAUAGAAUCCAGCGCCUUGACAACGGCUGGCUGUACAUCUCACCACGCCUCACCUUCCCCUCACUGCAGGCCCUAGUGGACCAUUACUCUGAGCUAGCAGAGGACAUCUGCUGCCUCCUCAAGGAGCCCUGUGCACUACAGAGGCCUGGCCCAAUUCCUGGCAAGGAUAUCCCCCUACCAGUGACUGUGCAGAGGACAUCAAUCAAUUGGAAAGAGCUGGAGAGCUCCCUCUUGUUUUCGGAAGCACCUGCCACAGGGGAAGCAUCUCUUCUUAGCGAAGGGCUCCGGGAAUCCCUCAGCUCCUACAUCAGCCUGACUGAGGACACCUCUUUGGACAACGGCAAGAUUAAAAGCAAAGGUCGAAAAGGAAACCAAGUCUGUGGCACUUAGAACCCCAACUCAGCUCAUCAUGGGCACCCCGGGGGGGGGGGGCAAAGAAUCCAGCUCCACCUUGAGCCUUUGCUCCUCCCUCACUUGGCUCCAAGAAGUCAUUUACUUCCUCUCAGGCAAUGACUCUAUCUAUGACCUCUAGUUCAAGUGGAGGGCAGUUGAGAACAGAGCCAGAGCUCCAAAGAAAGUAAACUUAGCCAGGUGCAGUGGCACAUGCCUGUAAUCCCAGCU